AUGCAUGAGAUAGACAGCAGCGGGAUACGUGGGGUGUCUCAGCUCAUCAUUCUUGAUGAAAUCAUGAAGCGCAUCCAGGCAAAGAAGCAAUUGACUGAGGUACCAAAACCUUGUGAGUAUUUCCAUCUUAUUGGAGGUUCUGGUACUGGAGGUCUCAAUGCAAUCAUGCUGGGUCAACUGAAAAUGUCAACUGAAGAUGCACUGCAAAGCUACAACAAACUUGCAACUGCUGUAUUUAGCCCUGGGAACCAUUACCAAUUAUACAAGGAUGCAAAAUUUGGUGUGAAGACCUUGGAGGCUGAGGUUAAGGAGAUUGUCAAGAGUAGCAAUGCAGAUUACACUGGAGAAGAGUGCUUGCUUGUUCCUGGUGCAGGGAAGGGCUCAGUGGGCAACACAUAUGUUAAUCUCAGCUAUAUUUCUGUGCUCUUAUGCUUAUACUUAAGCUAG